UCCUUAACUGGUGGGAUGCACGGGGGACAUGCUUCGGGCGUUCCACGCAGCCUUGCGGAACUCUCCCGUCAACACCAAGAAUCAAGCCGUGAAGGAGCGAGCCCAGGGCGUGGUGCUAAAAGUGCUCACCAAUUUUAAGAGCAGUGAAAUUGAGCAGGCUGUGCAGUCACUGGACAGAAACGGCGUUGACUUGUUAAUGAAGUACAUUUAUAAAGGGUUUGAGAAGCCCACAGAAAAUAGCAGUGCAGUGUUACUCCAAUGGCAUGAAAAGGCCUUAGCAGUAGGAGGACUAGGCUCCAUUAUAAGAGUUCUUACAGCAAGAAAGACUGUUUAAAAAAAAAAGACUCAUGUUACCUUGAGAAGAAUUGUGGAUGCCCAGGCUGGUGAAGAAGGGACUGACAAUGGACCAUCUUUCUAGGAACUCCCAACUAAACUAUUUCAGGACAUGUAUCUGCUGAAAUGUAUUUUAUUUUCAGGGUGGAGGGAGAAAUUGUCUUACUGUUUCCUAAAUCCUUUGCAGGAUCUGAUAGUCUAUGCCUUUGUCUACAAGUAAUGCAGAACUGACAUUCUGUCUACUAGAGUGGCCGGCCAGCGUUGGUCAGGUGUACCUAUGUGCACCGGGGGAGGGAUGAUUCAGGCAGGUGCAGAUCCAAGGGCUGUGGUUAAAGGGAGAGUUUGUGUUUUUUGAAGUGGAAAAGACCCAAGAGUUUGUACAGACAUCCUGUCUUCCCAGAGAAGGCAGCCACUCUUGGGUUCCUUGUAAAGUGCCUGCUGCAUCAAUAAAGCUCUUGGCUUAUUAGUAUAUACAUUGCAGUGUGUUUCAUGUAUAUAAAAAAAAAAAAAAAAAAAAGGGUAACGAGUGGGAUGGUAACGAAUGAGAGUUUGUUCCAGAAACUCAGCGUGGAAGGGGUAGACGUGUCUCUGUUUAGCCAUCCCUGGGGAGCGAGCAUGGCAAUCUACAGGCCCUCUGCCACAGCAGUACAGCAAGCCUCACCCUUGCCUAUAGUGCUGCUGGCUGCUACAGAGAGGCAUUGUGCUGAAUAACUAUUUAUUGUUUCCUACUCCUUUGAUUUGUAUGUAAUUUUGGAGCUUAUUUAAUUUAAUAAAGUGCCAAACAUUUAAUAAUUCA